AAGCUCCGCGCAUUCUAGAUAACCAGAAUUGUAGCCUUAAAGAGGCGUAUUGGUAUUUUUAGACUUUGGGGGUCAAUGACUCUGAUUUGAAAGCUGGAAAGAGAAGUAGAAGGCAAAUAAUUAAAAAACUAUAAAAAAAAGACCAAAUGAAAAGUUGCUUCAAAUUAGCCAUUCUAUAACGACUAAAAGUCCUGCGCUUCCCUGUGGCUGAACUGAUUAAAAUGGAGCGCAGGGCAAAAACGCCCGUGUGUUAGAGCCCUAAAACAGAACUGGAGCAGUGUGAACAGCUUUAAUGGGGGAGGAAGAAUUGAUUGAAUGCUUUGUAGUUCUGUCAGUGUGCUUUAUGCAAGCAGCCUCAGCUCUACACAAGCACAGUGCACUGAAUACCCUCCCUUCCCAUUCCCUAGAAAAAGCAGAGCAGCUCUAUGGAAUGCUGGGUAGUGUAGUUCUAGAGGCAGUGUUUGGUGUGUCCUGGCAACAUGGUAGGUUUAAACUAUAGUUGCUAUUUAGUUCCCCAUAGCAACUGUGUGUUUAUUCUGUCAGGAGAGGAAGGCCAGAAGCAGGAGAGACUAUAGGUGACAUCUGCACACAGAGCCUAGUAGAUUCAGAACAAUAAGAAACAAAAUGGCUAAGCUGGUCCAGCUCCUGCCAAAGUUCCUUCCUAAAGAAUGGAAUAUUGCUAACAAGACAUGUUAUGUCAGAGCGGAGUCCCAAAGAUCCAGAUCAGAGAGAUUGGUCGCAGAAAGCCAUAGAUUAGUUGAUGAAAUUGAAAAGACAACUCAUAGAUCUCAAAAGGAUGUCAACAAAAAACUAGAUCAAAGGUUGGAGGAGAUACAGUUCUGGAAGAAGGAGUUAGACAGCAAACUUGAAGACACAGUUAAUGAUAUAGCACAGCUGUUGGCAUUUAAGAUCCGCCUUGAAAAAGCUCUUGAAAGCUGCAAGGAACCCUUGUCUAUAGCACAACAAUGUCUAAUAGAACGAGAGAAAAGAGUUGGCAUUGACUUGGUUCAUGAUGAAGCAGAACGGGAACUCAUCAAAGAAGUAGAAGUGAUUCAAGGAGUAAUGACUUUACUAGAGCGCACAAUAGAACAAAUUACAGAGCAAAUCAGGAUGAGCCGUUCAGCUAAAUAUUCCCUGGAGAAAGACCUAAAAGACAAAUUCCAAGCACUUAAAAUUGAUAACCACUGCACUACUUUAACAAACAACAGUCCUGACAUCGACUACAGUCCUAAUAAUGUGAGAAUCGAAGCAAAUUCUGUAACACCCAUUGAAUGGGAGGAUUUUACCAAUACUAACAUUUUAAAAGCUGAGAAACAGAGGAACAAUGCAAUAUUGCUCCGAUCUCUGAUUGACGGCAUCUUGUCUGAGACGGCCAGUGACAUGCGCAAGCAGUGCGACACAGUGAACUGUUCCCUGAGAAAUCGCAUACUAGAGACAAAGGAUUCUAAAAAUAAGCUGGAAGAGCAUCUGGCUAAGGUAAUGGAUGAGAUAAGCUCACAGGAGAAAAACAUAGGAAUCCUAAGGAAAGCCAUAGCAGACAAAGAGGGCCCCAUGAAAGUGGCACAAACACGUCUGGAUACAAGAACCUUACGUCCCAAUGUGGAGCUGUGCAGAGACCCUGUGCAAUACAGGCUCAUCAAUGAAGUUCAAGAGAUAACAACCAAUGUAGAACGACUACGUCAAACUCUGAGCCAGGCAGAGGCUGAACUGAAAGCUUUGAACCGUAAUCAGCUUUCCCUAGAAGAAGAGAUCCAAGUUAAAGAAAAUUCCAUUUACAUUGAUGAAGUGAUAUGUAUGCAGAUGAGAGAAGCCAUUUCUAUUAAUGCUUUCUAGUACAGUUUUACAAAAAAGGAGUGUAAGAUAUUAAAAUAAAACAUUAAAAACAA